AAAGGGGGUUGAUAACUCUGGAAAUUAUAGACAAGUGAGUCUUAUUUCAGUGGUGGGUAAAUUAUCAGGGAGGAUUCUUUGAGACUGGAAUUAUGAGUAUUUGGAGAAGGGACAGUCAGCAUGGCUUUGUGAGGGCUAGGGUAAUGUCUCACAAGCAAGACUGAAUUAUUUGAGGCUGUGACAUGUUACAUUGAUGAACAUAGAUCAGUGAAAGUAGUGUAUUUGAAUUGUAGUAAAGCAUUUGGUAAGAUUACCUAUGGUAGGCUCUUCAGAAAGUCAGAAAACAUGGGAUCAAGGAAGUCUUGGCUGUGUGCAUGCACAUUUAGCUUGCCUGAAGAAAGCAGAGCAUGGUCAGUGUCCCGUGGUUUUCUGCAGGGAUCUGUUCUGGGACCCUGCUCAGUGUGACUAGGAUGAGGAAGUGGAAGAGUGGGUUAGUAAGGUUGCAGAUGACAUGAAUAUUGACAAACUUAUGGAUAGUGGGGAGCAACAUUGACAGGAUGCAGAGCUCAGCUGAGAAGUAGCAGGUGGAGCUCCAACUGGAAAACUGUAAAGUGACUCAUUUUGGAAGGUCGAAUUUGCAGGUAGAAUAUACGAUUAACGGCAGGAUUUUUGGCAGGGUGGAGAAACAGAGGGACCUUGGAGACCAUUUCCAUUGACCCUUCAAAUUUCAAGUCGAGUCGCUUAUUAUUGUCAUUUCAACCACAAACUGCUGGUACAGUAUGCAGUAAAAAUGAAAGGACGUUCCUCCAGGACCAUGGUGCUACAUGAAACAACACAAAACUACACUAGACUAAGUGAGACAACACAAGGCUACACUAGACUAUGUAAGACAACAAAAAACUACACUAGACUACAGACCUACACAGGACUACAUAAAGCAUACAAAACGGUGCAGGGCAGUACAAUAAAUAAUAAACAAGACAAUAGGCACAGUAGAGGACAAAUUACAAUAUAAUAACAAAUGAUGUAGAUGUCAGUCUCGACUCUGGGUAUUACGGAGUCUGAUGGCUUGGGGAAAGAAACUGUUGCACAGUCUGGUCGUGAGAUCCCGAAUGCUUCAGUACCUUUUGCCAGAUAGCAGGAGGGAGAAGUGUUUGUAUGAGGGGCGCGUGGGGUCCUUCACAAUGCUGUUUGCUUUACGGGUGCAGCGUGUGGUGUAAAUGUCUGUAAUGGUGGGAAGAGGGACCCUGAUGAUUCUCUCAGCUGACCUCACUACCCGCUGCAGGGUCUUGAAAUCCAAGACGGUGCAAUUCCCGAACCAGGCAGUGAUGCAGCUGCUCAGGAUGCUCUCGAUACAACCUCUGUAGAAUGUGGUGAGGAUGGUGGGGUGGGAGAUGGACUUUUCUCAGCCUUCACAGAAGGUCGAGAUGCUGCUGGGAUUUCUUGGCUAUGGAGCUGGUGUUGAGGGACCAGGUGAGAUCCUCCACCAGGUGAACACCAAGAAAUUUGGUGCUCUUAAUGAUCUCAACGGAGGAGCCGUCAAUGUUCAGCGGAGAGUGGUCUUUCCGUGCUCUCCUGAAGUCAACAACUAUCUCUUUUGUUUUGUUCAUAUUCAGAGACAGGUUGUUGGCUCUGCACCAGUCCGUUAGCCGCUACACCUCCUCUCUGUAUGCUGACUCAUCAUUCUUGCUGAUGAGACCCACCACGGUCGUGUCAUCGGCGAACUUGACGAUGUGGUUCGAGCUGUGUAUUGCUGCACAGCUGUGGGUCAGCAGAGUGAACAGCAAUGCACUGAGCACAUAGCCCUUGGUGGGGGAGGGGGGCCGUGCUCAGUGUGAUGGUGUUAGAGAUGUUGCUCCCAAUCCGGACUGACUGAGGUCUCCCAGUCAGGAAGUCUAGGAUCCACUUGCAGAGGGAUGUAUUCAGGCCCAGCAGUUUCAGCUUUCCAAUCAGGUGCUGAGGAACGAUUGUGUUGAAUGCUGAACUGAAGUCUAUAAACAGCUUUCGAACCACUCUGGUUUCCAUACUCACAGGACAUCAUGACCAUUCACUACAUCCUUGUGCUUGUUGCUGCCGCUGCCUGCUGGGCCCAAGCGCUUGAGUGUAACCAUUGUGAAUGCCUUGGCAAAGGGAAGAAAUGCAUUGAUUCGGUUGUGUCCUGCGAUUCUAAUCACACGCAGUGCAUCGUGGUGUACUACGAACGCCGGCCCUCCAAUCGAUAUGUCCGGAACUGCGCCCAAACUCUGGAGUGUGACAUCAUCGAUAAAACGGAAAAUGAAACACGAUUUCAGUACGAGUGCUGUGACACGGAUCGUUGCAAUUGACCCCCCCAACUGCGAUGAGACCCGGCAAAGGGCUCACGUACGCGCUGCUCUCCUGCACAUUCUUCAUUAAUGCAACUUUCUGAUUCACCGAUGGUUUUGACAUUCAUUAUUGUUGAUCAGGGUGAUGGAAUAAAAUAGGUAUCUGGAAUCCUCUCCAAAUAUCUUUUAAUGCUAGUUUUAUGAAUCUAUCAGAAACAUUAGACAUUUAUAUCAGUGCUACAUACAGACAGUAAAAUUGCUAAUAAAAUA